AUAUACUUACAAGCUGCUCAACCGGCACCGAUUUUCCGGUUACGUGCCGGUCGAAAAUACUAUAAAUGGCACGACGAAACUACUGCUAAGUACGUGGAGGUGCUCUUCGCCGGCCUCGCAUGGCUUCUCUCUUCUCGCUCUCCUAUGUCCUUCAAAACCCUCGUCCUAUCCUCUACCUAAACCCUAAUUAUAGUUUCCGAUUAUCUUCACCGCGCCCGAGAACGUUUUGGCGCUGCGUGAGGGCGAACGGCGAGAGUGACAGCCCCUCACCGCCGCCUCUUACGGUAGAGAAGAGAUCGCUGGCCAUGGUUACUGGUGAGCUCUUCUUGGGAGUCGCAUCGAAGCUUCUUAGGAUCCGAAGUUCCUCGGCUGGGAGUACCGUCGUUGUGUCAGGGGAGGAGGAGGCGGCCGGCUAUUCUGGGAGUGGGAGGAGUGUUGCGUCGGUGGUGGAGGAGCCCGUGAUCUGGGAGCAGAGACCGGAGGAUUUGAUGGCUGAGAGGGAGAGGAAGAAGGUGACGAGCCCAGGGUUUAGCUUCUCUGCCGCUGGGUUGCUGUUUCCUUACCAUCUCGGUGUUGCUCGGCUUCUUCUUGAGAAAGGUUAUAUUAAGGAAACUACUCCAUUAGCUGGUUCUUCGGCUGGUGCAAUAGUUUGCGUGGUGAUUGCUUCAGGAAAUAGCAUGAAGGAUGCUUUGCAUGUUACCAAGAUAUUGGCUGAAGAUUGUCGACUCAAUGGCACGGCAUUUAGGCUUGGAGCAGUCCUGAGAAAUGUUCUAAAUGAAUUUCUACCAGAAGAUGUUCACAUUAGGUCUAAUGGGAGGGUCCGUGUUGCUAUAACUCAAUUAUCAUGGAGGCCAAAAGGUUUACUUGUUGAUCAAUUUGAUUCCAAGGAAGACCUUAUCAAUGCAGUCAUUACUUCUUCUUUUAUUCCUGGGUACUUAGCUCCAAGGCCGGCUACAUUUUACCGUAAACGGCUGUGCAUUGAUGGGGGUUUGACAUUGUUUAUGCCACCAACUUCUGCCACAAAAACUGUCAGGAUCUGUGCUUUCCCAACUAAACAAAUGGGAUUGAGAGAGAUUGGGAUCAGCCCUGAUUGCAACCCCGAAAAUAGAGCUAGUCCCAGCUAUUAAAUUGGGCACUCGAACCUGCCGAAGACGACAUCCUCGACAAGCUCUAUGAGCUGGGUUAUCUGGACGCCAUAGUCUGGGCUGAACAGAAUCCUCUAGACUCCAUUCUAAUAGAUGAAAUCUCAUCAGAAUGAUGAGACUUACAGGUGACAAUUCUUAAACCUCCUAAAAUUUGUUAGUUAUUUAUAGCAAUUUAUUACCAAAGAGUUACUCAUAAAAAGCUGACAAAUCAUAUCUGUAUUUUUAUACGGCAUGUUCUUUUAAUUUAUAUAUAUAUAUAUAUAUAUAUAUAUAUAUAUAUACACAUUAAAUAAAUUCUUGUAGAUCCAAAUCAUCUGCUAAUUGAUCGUCGGCUGAUCCCAAAACUUGACAUUUAAUUUAGUUUACAUGCCGCCACACUUGUAAAUUGUUGUGAAUUGCUUUUCAGAACAUUUGAAAGGAAGAAUGAGAAGCGUUGAAUUUGAAUUGCAACUCCAUACAGUUCCAGUUUUGAUUCUUGUUUAAGAGAGUUCCAUCAUAUAUAGCAUACAAAAAAUUCAAAUUUAUAUAUUUCACAGCUAAAUUUCUCUAU